GCUUGCCGCCCGCAGCCCCCAGAGCGCCCCCGUCCGCCACCCGGUCCGCGGCCCCCGCGUCUUCAGCGUUCGCCCUCGCCCGGCGCGCACCGAGUUACCGCCGCCUCCGUCCGCGCCGGCCUGCCCGCAGGGAUGAAUGAUUUUGGACUCAAGAACAUGGACCAGGUGGCCCCUGUGUCUAAUAGUUACAGAGGGACACUCAAGCUCCAGCCAGCCUUUGACACUUUUGAUAUGUCCCUGUUUGCUGUUUUCCCGUCACUAAAUGAAGAGCAGACACUCCAAGAAGUACCAACAGGCUUGGAUUCAAUUUCUCAUGAGUCCGCCAACUGUGAAUUGCCUCUCUUAACACCAUGCAGCAAGGCUGUGAUGAGUCAAGCCUUAAAAGCGACCUUCAGUGGCUUCAAGAAGGAGCAGCGCCGCCUCGGCAUCCCAAAGAAUCCUUGGCUGUGGACUGAGCAGCAAGUAUGCCAGUGGCUUCUCUGGGCUACCAAUGAGUUCAGUCUGGUGAACGUCAACCUCCAGAGGUUUGGCAUGACUGGCCAGGUCUUGUGCAACCUUGGCAAGGAGCGCUUUCUGGAGCUGGCACCUGACUUUGUGGGCGACAUUCUCUGGGAACAUCUGGAGCAGUUAAUCAAAGAAACCCAAGAAAAGACAGAAGAAUCGUAUGAAGAAAAUUCACACCUCAACUCUGUUCCUCAUUGGAUUAGUAGCAAUUCAAUAGGUUUUGGUGUGGAUCAGGCGCCCUAUGGAAUGCAGACACAGAACUACCCCAAACCCAGCCUGCUGGACACCCUGUGUCAGCCCUCUCCUGCACCCAGCACCCUUAGUUCAGAGCAGGAGCUCCAGCUGUACCCCAAGUCACGGCUCAACACCAUCAGUGUCAGCUAUUGUCCCAUCAGCCAGGACUUCCCGGGAAGCAACUUGAAUUUGCUUCCUAACAAUUCCGGUAAGCCCAGAGACCAGGACUCUGCCGAGAGCGCCGCAGACAGCUUUGAGAGCUCAGACUCGCUGUUGCAGUCCUGGAACAGCCAGUCAUCCCUGCUCGACGUGCAGCGAGUACCUUCCUUUGAGAGCUUCGAGGACGACUGCAGCCAGCCCCUCGGCCUCAACAAGCCAACCAUGUCGUUCAAGGACUACAUCCAGGAGAGAAGUGACCCCGUGGAGCAGGGCAAGCCAGUUAUACCUGCAGCAGUGCUGGCCGGCUUCACAGGAAGUGGACCUAUUCAGCUAUGGCAGUUUCUGUUGGAAUUACUCUCGGACAAGUCUUGCCAGCCAUUCAUUAGCUGGACGGGGGAUGGAUGGGAGUUUAAGCUUGCAGACCCCGAUGAGGUGGCGCGCCGCUGGGGAAAGAGGAAAAACAAGCCAAAGAUGAACUACGAGAAGCUGAGCCGCGGCCUGCGCUACUAUUACGACAAGAACAUCAUCCACAAAACGUCGGGGAAGCGCUACGUGUACCGCUUUGUUUGCGACCUACAGAACUUGCUUGGCUUCACGCCUGAGGAGCUCCAUGCCAUCCUGGGCGUCCAGCCUGACACAGAGGACUGAGGCCCGGGGGGGACUGCCUGAGUGGGCCCCAGCCCCAUGUGACUGCGAUCGGAAGCCCGUCCUGGCCGCCACUCCAGGGUCCUUGAACAGAAGGGAUUUAAUAUGUCCAGGAACAUCACCAAGGAGCAGUGGUCUUAAUUGCCUCUGAAACCGCGCCUCUCCAGCCAGGCUGCCUCGCUCGGCAUCGCGGAAAGGCAGUCCAGCUCCUUGCUUCAAAGGUCUGCCAGCCGGAAAAUGCUAUUUAUGAUGCUCCUAAAUUAAGACAGUUGUGAAAGAAGCACUGGGAGGCCACGCGGGCUCAAAGCAGGCAUUGUGUGUGACCCCAGAUUGUGCAGCUAUUUUAUAAUUUGCAAGGAGAAGGCACGUGUGCGUGCACACACGUAUGCGUGUUUGUUUUCUUUCGCCUUUUGCGACCAGAAAUAUCAAAUGCAAAAGCUUUCUCUUUGAGAGGGGUAGGAGGCGGGGAAGGAAAGAAUCAUGCCAUUUCAGAAGUGAGUUUGUAAAUAUUAUUGUAAUCUUCUAAUUGUUUUCAAGAUCCUCUACCCGUCCUAUUUAACAGAAAUUGUAUAUUGUAAUUUAAAAUAAUUAUAUAACUGUAUUUGAAAGAAGAACGCAGACAUCCGAUGUUGAUUCCAUUGUUUCAGUAGCACAUAGAGCAUUUUACAAAGGGUUGUAUCUGCCAGGGGCUGAUUAAGAGAAAUUGUAAAAUGUGCACUAUUGACGUUUAAUAUACCUAUAGGAAUAAGGUCUGAAGGGUUAAUCCCUCUUUUUUUGUUUUGUUUUUUGUUUGCCAUGGUUAUUAUCUGGCAAGGACUUUGUACAUUUGGGACUUUUUACAAGAAACUAAUGUUAUUAUCUGGGGGCACAUCUGGCCUCCUGUGGUUUUGCCUUUAAUUGUAAUGUAAAAGUAAAUAGUUAUAAAAGCAGUAUUUUUCUUGACAGAUGGCAUAUGUUUUCCACGUCUAUGCAUGUCUUUAAAUCCGUUUUUACACAAAACUUAUUUUAUUUUUUAGUUUGAUUGUUUUCCCAAUGCACCUCUCCCCCUGCCCAGAUGUUUCCUUCCCCUGCCCCCUGUUACUCUGUGUGAUUAAAAUAAGAAUACUAUUUUUGGAAAUAUGUGACUCCUUUUCAGAGAUCAGGAGGGAUUUAUGUAGCAGCUAUUUUUACUGCAGAAGUAAUUCACUGGAAAAAAAAAUGUAAUUUGUAAGAAAGCUUUAUUUUUAUCUCAGCUCCAUGUAAAGUGAAACAUAUUGUAACAGAGCUGAUGAGUCCGGGGUAGGGGCAGGGGACCUUUAUUAAACCUCUUGAACAUAAAUGAAGCAUGGCUGGUCCCGUCAUUUUCAUCGGUCAUGUCUUGGACUAUUUGGAUAACAACAACAAAAAAAGAUUGUUAUCAAGUCGAUUCCAACUCAUGGUGACCCCACGUGUCAGGGUAGAAUUGUGUUCUAUAGGGUUGUCAAUGGCGGAUUUUUCAGAAGUAGAUUGCCAGGCCUUUCUUCCAAGGCACCUCUGGGUGGACUCAAACUUCCAGCCUUUCAAUUAUCAGCUGAGCACAUUAACCCCUCUGGAUAACACACUGCUCCUUUUUUCUGAGAGUCCACGGCCACGUAGUUUUCUUAUUUUCUCGGGUGCAGACUAGCUAGAGGCAGAGAAGAGGGUAAGCCAAUGUGAACGAGAACGCAUUGGAAUAGUUCUUUUGAAGAAAAUGUUUUGAUUGUGGUGGAGACAUUUGUAUUUGUUUCAAAGGAGCUCUUGGGUCAGCCAUGUGUUCUUGACCUUUCAUACGUAAUCGAAUCUAGUUGGUUUCAACGUCAGACUGGUUUUACCAGCAAUGUGGCCUUGGAGAGACAGCUUAAAUCUCUUGUGCCGUGGUUUCCUCAUCUCUGAAGAAUUGUCCAUGUAGUGGGGCCAUAGGGCAAGCUGGAAAGAGCAGAGCCAGGACUGGGGAGACUCCACUGAAAUAUGCCCACAAAAGACAGCUUCCAGCAUUUUGAAGCUUAGGAUGUUUUUCUCAAGUAGGACCGAUUUAUCACUCGAACAUCUGUUUAUAACCUGAACAGAUGAGGAGCUAGAAACAUCUUGCUGCCAAAAGAAAUCUUAGCCAUCAGCUCAUUAUAUAUUGGGCAGACGAAAUUGUUAUUAAUCAACCUUUUUUUAAGCUACAAAACUGGCAGUUUUAUGUAAUUCAACUUAAGGUGCAUUAUAAUGCUUUCGGUGCAGUAAUAAACGUCUUGGUAUAAAAA